UUUUUCUUGAAUUUUCCUCAUAAUGUAUUAAGGAAACGCGUGCAGUCACCCAAAAACGAAUUCCUGCAUGUAGAGAACGCAAUUUCUAACCAAAAACAUGGGAAAACUGUGGAAAAACAGAGGAAAAUCAUUAAAAGGAGGCGUUUGAAGGCUGCUGGGUACAGAACCUGCAACCAACCGUUUAUUCAAACCUCGCGAGCUGUCAGUUCUACCAAGUUGUACCGUCACAACAAACAACAACAUUUCGUUCCACGUUCCUCUGCACGUAAAAACCUGAUAAAAAUGGGUAAAACCAGCAAGGAUAAGCGUGAUAUCUACUACCGGCUAGCUAAAGAGGAGGGCUGGCGUGCACGAAGCGCCUUCAAGCUGAUUCAUCUCGACGAAACGUACAACAUUCUCGAAGGUGUUACACGUGCCGUCGAUCUGUGUGCGGCCCCCGGGAGCUGGAGCCAGGUGCUGUCGAAGCGGCUGUACUUGUCUCGAGAGGAAAAGGACCGCGAUGAGGUGAAGAUUGUGGCGGUGGAUCUGCAGGCGAUGGGUCCCCUGCCCGGGAUUAUACAGCUGCGUGGAGACAUAACGCGGUUCAGUACGGCCGAGGCCAUCAUUUCGCACUUUGACGAAGGCCAAAAGGCACAGCUGGUGAUAUGCGACGGGGCACCGGAUGUUACGGGUCUGCACGACAUCGAUGAGUAUCUGCAGUCGCAGCUGCUGCUGGCUGCGCUGGGCAUCACGACGUUCGUCCUGGUGCCGGGUGGUACGUUUGUCGCUAAAAUCUUCCGCGGCAAGUGCACACACGCGCUGUACUCUCAGCUGCGCAUAUUCUUCGAUAAAGUGGACAUCGCCAAGCCCCAGAGUUCGCGUAAUUCGAGCAUCGAAGCGUUCGUCGUUUGCCGGGGUUACAAUCCACCCGAAGGCUACAUCCCACAGGAGAUCAAUCUGCUGCAGGACAGUGUGGCGGAGAUAGCUCGUAAAACGGAAUCGCCCGUCAAUCGACGCAUUCUUCCGUUUGUGGUGUGCGGCGAUUUACGCGAGUUCGAUUCCGACAUGUCGUACAGUUUGAAUAUUGAUCCAGAGAAAGAAUAUGAACAUAAGGAAGUGGUACAGAAACCGUUGACUCCAGCGUACAGCGAGGUUCUCGAGCGGAUGAAAACCACCUCGCUGAAGCACGGUAGCAUUAAGGUCGAGACGGGCAAGAAGAAGGAGGAUUAAACAAAAAACACCGAGUUUACCAUUUUCCUUGAUCCUUGAUAUGACGUACCGGUCAGCUAGUGUACGAUGUGGUUAAUUGUGGUUCGUAUCGAAACAGAUUUCAUUUCCAUUCCAUCCCGCUGGACGCUCGUGACAUCUAACGGUUUGAAACUAAUCAACCACGGCCAACGUUCACCACUGAUUGCUCACCGAUCGACUGGUUAAUCGUCGCCACCAGGCCCGAGGCCCAAUUACGUACGCAUGACCGAUGGAACCGAUUGAUAUGGGGCCGGGAUUAACACGAGCGCCCGCUACAGCCAGCCAGACAUGGUCGCGGGUCGGCAACCGAUGUCGUUUAAUGUCGUUCGGUGUUUAAUUGCUCACCAUUUACUCCUCGCGCGCCAUUUACAUACAUUUCACAUUACUAUCGGGGAGCUAAUGGGACGAAAUCAUAUUUGCAUAAUUGCCGUAAGGGAAGCAAAAAGCUCACUCAACUGGUGAUGUUUCCCAUGUUUUAAUUUAAUCGUCAGCAGUAAGGGUACCCUGAACCCCCCGCGCAGAGCUCAUAAGUAACCAAAUGAGGCGCUCCCGGGAACGAAGAUGAACCAUUUCCUUAUUGCAUCCUGUCCCGACGUUGACGUUGUAUCGUUUUUGUUUCAAGAUGAAAAGUGCGUGCGAAGCUGCCGUGAACCUGCCAUAAAGUACUUAUCUUAACACCGGAAUCGACCCCUCCCUUCUGAUUAGUACGGAAUAUGUGUGCUGUUAACUCAUUAUGGCUAUAACGACGAUGGCUACAGCAUUGAACCUAAAAUAAACCACUUCAUUGGAUGUAGCUGAGCAUGUCUAAAAGAUUGAUCAGACAGAUAAUAAUCCUUUUGAAAAUAAUGUGUAUGUUGUGGAUUUUAAUAAAGUGAAAAACAAGUGUGUAAUGAAA